CCAAUGUUAAAUCUAGGCCGUCUAGGUCGCUUCCAGAUAUCCUAUCUUCCGCCAUCAGACAUGUCGCAAAAAGAGCACCAAGACAUACCAUCAGUCCCGCCACCUGAGUAUACAGACACUGCGGUAAGCGAAAGCGACAGCAAGUACCACGCUCCAUGGCAAGCUCAACCACCAGAGUGCAAGACCGAGCAAGUGUGUCGGUGGCUCAUCGAGAUCUUCGCAAUAACCUUCAACGCGAACUUCGACGAGCUGAAUGCAGCUCUCUUGGACAUUCCCGUACCAGAGCACACAAAUACAAUCCUU